AAAUACUGACUCGUAUGCCAGAUGAAUCUAAAAAAACUCAUGACUCAUCAUUCUUGUAUUUGAUUACCGUUAUUAAUAAGUCUUUACAUUUGUCCAAUCCACAGGCCAUUAUGUCUCAAGGACUGAGGCGUGCACCAAAAAAGAAAAAUUAUGCAGACUACAUCCAAGAUAUCAGCUCAUCAGACUACUUGAUCCCAUCACCACCACCACCACAGAACUACCGAGGUAUUUGUACUUUCCCUGAGCCACCCAAAAAAUAUGAUACGGCCUCCAAACCUAGCACUGCCUCAGUACCAAAAAAUAAGAAGGGAAAUAAGCCGAUGAAGAGGGUCCAUUCAAAAAUGGAUCCAGCAGAAAUCUUUUCUGAGGACCUUUUUUCAACUCCACCUACUACAAAUCCUUGUGCUAUGAGUCCAUUGGAUGACCACGAAAUGUCUACACAAUCAAGUUGUCAACAAACUCCACAACGCCUCUCUCCAAUUAUUGAACUAAGCACUCCACACUCCAUGGACUCAACUAGAAUUGAUACGCCAAAAAGGACUAAGCAGGCAUUCAGGGGUCGUUUUUCGGAUUUACCAAUAUGCACCUCAACCCCAGCUUUCAGGACAGAGCGCCAAUCCAGGACUCCUCAAAGCAGAAUUUCCCAUGCUUCCAGGACUGAGCGCCAAUCCAGAAGUCCUCAAGUCAGAAACCCACAAGCUUCCAGGACUGAGCGCCAAUCCAGGACUCCUCAAAGCAGAAUUUCCCAAGCUUCCAGGACUGAGCGCCAAUCCAGAAGUCCUCAAGUCAUAAACCCACAAGCUUCCAGGACUGAGCGCCAAUCCAGAAGUCCUCAAGUCAUAAACCCACAAGCUUCCAGGACUGAGCGCCAAUCCAGAAGUCCUCAAGUCAGAAACCCACAAGCUUCCAGGACUGAGCGCCAAUCCAUGACUCCUCAAAGCAGAAUUUCCCAAGCUUCCAGGACUGAGCGCCAAUCCAGAAGUCCUCAAGUCAGAAACCCACAAGCUUCCAGGACUGAGCGCCAAUCCAGAAGUCCUCAAGUCAGAAACCCACAAGCUUCCAGGACUGAGCGCCAAUCCAGAAGUCCUCAAGUCAGAAACCCACAAGCUUCCAGGACUGAGCGCCAAUCCAGGACUCCUCAAAGCAGAAUUUCCCAAGCUUCCAGGACUGAGCGCCAAUCCAGAAGUCCUCAAGUCAGAAACCCACAAGCUUCCAGGACUGAGCGCCAAUCCAUGACUCCUCAAAGCAGAAUUUCCCAAGCUUCCAGGACUGAGCGCCAAUCUGGAAGUCCUCAAGUCAGAAACCCACAAGAAAAGAAAGACAGGUUUCCAAUGACAGACAAAAGAUUUCAAAAAAAGGUUUUGACACAACUUUUAGAAAUAAAAGAUGAACUGCGAAGAAUAGGGAAAAUUGUGGAACCAGAAACUGGGUUCCACAUGUCAACCUUGGGCACUGAAGAUGAGUUCGAGUACUUAGAGAGGCAGCUUGAAAGUGGGAAUACACGGGCAGCAAUGGUGACACAGUUGUGUAAAAUUGGAGGAAAAAACUUCAAAGACAGUACAAGAAGAAUGCUGGACAGUGUUUUAAAAAAUUCCCUGAUGUCUACAUUCAACAUGAAAGGAGGAGGUCCACUACAGAAGAAGUCCUUUCAAUCAACUGCCUUAUUCUCAGUCAUCAGAGACGCAGUGAUGACUAGCUUUCCAUCAGCUACGGAAUUGGAAAUAAAAACUGCAAUUUCAAAUCAUUUCAAACAAGCACCAGGGAGGGCAGGGGGUGGGGGUUAUGGGUCUAAAGUCAACAGUUAAUUCUUAAAAAUGAAUUGUUUUACAUAUUUUUCCAGUGUUUUAUUUGUUCAUUUUUAUGUUUGAAUGUUGUCCAAGUUGUUGUUGUCUAUAUAAUUGUUCAAAAUAAAUCCCUUUAUAUUCAAUUAGUUUGGAUGGAUUUUCAUUUAUGAGAACCUGUUAUAUUUGAGUGAAAAGAAUCCUUAUGCCUCAUUAUGUUGUCUAUUACAUGUAUAUGUAGUGUAAU